GAGCGAACGAAGACGAGACCGCUCGCGUCAGGCGCAAUCUCACUCAAUGAGGCCUUGAUAUGCCUUCUAUUGCAUCUGAUUGCUUGCGCGUGGAUGAUUUCAUGGAGCAAUAGUGUCGCUCAAGGCUUCGCGCUCUUCGGAGUAUUCCCUCUACACGCCUUGUAUCCCCUCAUGAAGCGUUGGAUCGACUGGCCUCAAGCAUGGCUCGGGCUUGCAAUGAACUGGGGCUUCACUGUCGCAUGGGCCGGAGAAACUGGACGCAUGGACCUAUCGCUCUUCAUACCCCUCAUUAUCGGAUCUGCGUGCUGGACAAUUGUUUAUGAUACGAUCUACGCUUGUCAGGAUAAGGAGGACGACCGGAAGGCGGGAGUGAAAUCUACUGCACUUUUGUUUGGUUCGGAAGUCCGUCCAAUCCUGUCGUGCUUUGCGGCCAUAUUCAUCGGAUGCCUGUGGCAUGUCGGCGUCGUAAACGAACACAGUGCCCCAUUCUUUAUAAUUUCCAUUGCUGGAGCUGCCAUGCAUCUCAUUUGGCAACUCCGGACUGUUGACGUCGACGAUCCGGCUGACUGCUGGGGAAAGUUCAAGGCUAACGGCGACACGGGUUUUAUAAUAUGGGCUGGGAUCUUAGCGGAUUACAUCCUUAUGGAGUGGCAGUAUCACCAAUAUUGA